AUGCCAAUAGCUAUACCUAAACGAAGUAUGGUCACGUCAAAACCUACUGGUGAUCAACUCAAAACCCAGAAUAAAAGUAACAAACCAUUGUAUGCUUCUGAAAGUAAUUUACCUCAUUUACCAGUACCGACAUUAUCAUCAACUUUUCAUAAAUAUUUAGAAACUUUACAACCACUCUUAUCAGCUUCAGAUUACAAACGAAAUGAAAGCCAUGUCAGAUCAUUCCUUGAUUCAGAUUUUUCCAAAAUCUUACAAAAAAGAUUGGAAGAUCGUUCAAAAGAGAAAGAGUCAUGGUUGAGCGAAUGGUGGAAUGAAACUGCUUAUAUGGGUUACAGAGGUAGAAUCAUACCCGAUGUAAGUUAUUUCUAUAUACAUAAAAGAGGGCUAGGAGGAAAAGGUAAAAGUCAAGAGGAAAGAGCGGCAGAAUUGAUUAGAGCAACUGUAGAAUUCAAGAAAUUGGUUGAUAGCGAAUUACUCGAACCUGAAAAAGUUAAAGGUCAACCAUUAGCUAUGAAUUCAUACCAAUAUCUAUUCAAUGCCGUUCGAACACCAACUAAACCAGCUGAUUUACCUACAAAUCACGGAGCGCACCAUCAUCACAUAGUGGUACUCCGAAACAACAGGUAUUUCAAGGUGGACACAAAAGGCAGAGGCAAAGAUGAAUUAUCACAAGCUCUCAAAGAGGUCAAGAAGAUCGCGGAUGGCAAAGAAGGAAGUGGAGUCGGUAUAUUGACUGCUGAUAACAGGGAUGUAUGGACUGAUGCUCGUGAUCACCUUAUCUCACUUUCACCUUCCAACAAAACAGCUAUUGAAACUAUUGAUUCCGCAAUCUUACUUGUUUGUCUCGAUGAUGGACCAGCACCUUCAAACGAUGAUUCUAGAGCAUGGUCAUUGUGGGCUGGUGGACAUGAUCGAUCGUCCCAAGGAAAAGGAUUCAACAGAUGGUUUGACAAACACCAAAUCAUAGUUGAUUCUGAUGGUGAAACGGGAUUCAACGGAGAACAUUCUAUGCUUGAUGGUACGCCAACGUUGAGAUUAAACGAAUUUAUGCUGGCUUCUUUGCAGGCUGGGAAGAUACCUUUGGAGUUGCCUGAGAGUGAAAGAUCGAAACAACCAAUGCCAAAAGUCGAAGAAUUGGAAUUUGAGCUGGAUGGGAAUUUAAAGGAGAUAGUUAAGAAAUCACAAGCUGGAUUUGGUAAAGAAAUGGAAUUACAAGAUCUUAAGAUGGUUCAUUUCCAAGGAUACGGUAAAGAAUUGAUCAAGACACAUAAAGUGUCACCUGACGCUUGGGCCCAAAUGGUUAAACAAUUAGCUUUUACAAGACUGUUCGGUAGACCAGGAGUGACAUAUGAGUCAUGCCAAACACGAAAAUACAAAUUUGGUCGAACAGAAGUAAUUAGAGCAGCAUCAAACGAAUCUAAAGCAUUUGUAGAUUCAAUGAUAUCGUCCACAUCCAAUGAUAAAGAAAGAGAUUCUUUAUUCAGAAAAGCAGUUUCAAGACAUAUCCAAUAUUCAACUUGGGCUGCUGAUGGUCAAGGUGUUGAUAGACAUAUGUUUGGUCUUAAGAAACUAGUUGAUACGACAAAAGGUGAAAAAGUACCUGAAGUAUUCACGGACAAAGAAGGACUCAAAUCUAGUCAUUGGGAAUUAUCUACUAGUCAAUUGAGCAGUAAUUACCUGGACGGAUGGGGUUAUGGUGAAGUGGUCGAAGAUGGUUAUGGACUCUCAUAUUCUAUCUUGGAUAACUCAAUCACUUGGUGUAUUACCACCAAGAACAAUGACGCUGCUAAGUUUGGCGAAGCCCUUUGUAAAGCUGCUGAAGAAUUGAAAGGUGUAAUGGCCAGAGCUAAGAAUGCAUGA